GUGUUGAUACAACAGAGCCGCCUCCUGGCUCUUUGGGAGCCUGGGAGGAGAAGGAGCCGGGAGGGGCGCUGCGGGGAGGCCACCUGUGGAUUCACCGGCUGCAGCCCCGCCCAGGACUGCUGGCAAGCCCGUAGGGCCGCCAGACUUGUGGCUCCCUGUUCCGUGCAUCAGGUCGGGGAAACUACUGUCUACCCCAGACCCCCACCCAGGACCGGCCUGGAGGAAGCUGGGACCGAGGCUGGGUCAAGAUGUCGUCUGUGUUUCGAAGCGAGGAGAUGUGUUUGUCGCAACUGUUUCUCCAGGUGGAAGCUGCAUAUUGCUGUGUGGCUGAGCUCGGAGAGCUGGGAUUGGUUCAGUUCAAAGAUUUAAAUAUGAAUGUGAACAGCUUUCAAAGGAAAUUUGUGAAUGAAGUCAGAAGGUGUGAAUCACUGGAGAGAAUCCUCCGUUUUCUGGAAGAUGAGAUGCAAAAUGAGAUUGCAGUUCAGUUGCCUGAGAAAUGCACACUGACCCCGCUCCCACGGGAAAUGAUUACCCUGGAGACUGUUCUAGAAAAACUGGAAGGAGAGUUACAGGAAGCCAACCAGAACCAGCAGGCUUUGAAAAAAAGCUUCCUGGAACUGACGGAACUGAAAUACCUCCUGAAGAAAACCCAGGACUUCUUUGAGACGGAAACCAAUUUAGCUGAUGAUUUCUUUACUGAGGACACUUCCGGCCUCCUGGAGCUGAAAGCAGUGCCUGCAUAUAUGACUGGAAAGUUGGGGUUCAUAGCCGGUGUGAUCAACAGGGAGAGGAUGGCUUCCUUUGAGCGGUUGCUGUGGCGAGUUUGCCGAGGAAACAUCUUCUUGAAGUUCAGUGAGAUGGACACCCCUCUGGAGGAUCCUGUCACGAAAGAAGAAAUUCAGAAGAACAUAUUCAUCAUAUUUUAUCAAGGAGAGCAGCUCAGGCAGAAAAUCAAGAAGAUCUGUGAAGGGUUUCGAGCCACAGUCUACCCUUGCCCGGAGCCUGCUGUGGAGCGCAGAGAGAUGUUGGAGAGUGUCAAUGUGAGGCUGGAAGAUUUAAUCACCGUCAUAACACAAACAGAGUCUCACCGCCAGCGCCUGCUGCAGGAAGCGGCCGCCAACUGGCACUCCUGGUUCAUCAAGGUGCAGAAGAUGAAGGCCGUCUACCACAUCCUCAACAUGUGCAACAUCGACGUCACCCAGCAGUGUGUCAUCGCCGAGAUCUGGUUCCCAGUGGCAGAUGCUGCACGUAUCAAGAGGGCGCUGGAGCAAGGCAUGGAACUAAGUGGCUCUUCCAUGGCCCCCAUCAUGACCACAGUGCAAUCUAAAACCGCCCCGCCCACAUUUAACAGGACCAAUAAAUUCACAGCUGGCUUCCAGAAUAUCGUCGAUGCAUAUGGCGUCGGCAGCUACCGGGAGAUAAACCCAGCCCCCUACACCAUUAUCACUUUCCCCUUCCUGUUCGCUGUGAUGUUUGGAGACUGUGGUCACGGAACUGUGAUGCUCCUGGCUGCGCUUUGGAUGGUUCUGAAUGAGAGACGCUUGCUCUCCCAGAAGACAGACAAUGAGAUUUGGAACACCUUCUUCCACGGGCGCUAUCUGAUUCUCCUGAUGGGCAUCUUCUCCAUCUACACGGGCCUGAUCUACAAUGACUGCUUCUCCAAGUCCCUGAACAUCUUCGGCUCUUCUUGGAGUGUCCAGCCCAUGUUCAGAAACGCCACCUGGAAUACUCAUGCAAUGGAGGAAAAUCCGUAUCUGCAGCUGGACCCAGCCAUACCAGGAGUGUAUUCUGGAAAUCCAUACCCAUUUGGAAUUGAUCCGAUUUGGAACUUGGCUUCAAACAAACUCACAUUUUUGAACUCCUAUAAAAUGAAGAUGUCAGUGGUCCUGGGAAUCGUCCAGAUGGUUUUCGGUGUCAUCCUCAGCCUUUUCAAUCACAUAUACUUCAGAAGAACUCUCAACAUCAUUCUGCAGUUUAUCCCUGAGAUGAUUUUUAUCCUGUGUCUGUUUGGAUACCUGGUUUUCAUGAUCAUUUUCAAAUGGUGCCGCUUUGACGUCCAUGUGUCUCAGCAUGCCCCCAGCAUCCUCAUCCACUUCAUCAACAUGUUUCUGUUUAACUACAGUGACUCUUCUAAUGCACCCCUCUACAAAUAUCAGCAAGAAGUCCAAAGUUUCUUUGUGGUUAUGGCUUUGAUCUCUGUGCCGUGGAUGCUUCUGAUUAAGCCGUUCAUUCUUAGAGCCAGUCUUCGGAAAUCCCAGCUGCAGGCGUCCAGGAUCCAAGAAGAUGGCACUGAGAACAUUGAAGGUGACAGCGUCAGCCCUUCCAGUGGUUCUGACCAGAGGACUUCUGCAGAUGCCCACGGGACUCAGGACAACGAUGAGGAGGAGGAGUUCAACUUUGGAGAUGUCUUUGUCCACCAGGCCAUCCACACCAUCGAGUACUGCUUGGGCUGCAUCUCAAACACAGCCUCCUACCUGCGGCUCUGGGCCCUCAGCCUGGCUCAUGCACAACUGUCCGAAGUGCUCUGGACCAUGGUGAUGAACAACGGCCUUCACGUGCGAGGCUGGGGAGGCAUCAUUGGGGUUUUUAUUAUUUUUGCCGUAUUUGCUGUCCUGACAGUAGCCAUCCUUCUGGUCAUGGAGGGCCUCUCUGCUUUUCUGCACGCCCUGCGACUGCACUGGGUCGAGUUCCAGAACAAGUUCUAUGUUGGGGAUGGUUACAAGUUCUCUCCAUUCUCCUUUAAACACAUCCUGGACGGCACAGCUGAGGAGUAGGCUGAGGCCACACCUCCCGCAGCGGUCUCUGUGCCAAUGAAAGAAGUUCAGUCUUGUCUUUGAUAUCAGCCCGUGCAUGGCAUUCAAUGGAAAGAUUGUUCUUGGCUCACCUGAAGCAUGAAGCUAUGUAUUAUUUGGAUAUCAGCCUGUGGAUUGGAUAUGACUUAAUCAUGUCAGAGAGGAAUGACUUUGGCAAGUUAUUUUGUCUUCGUGUGGGGUAUUAAUUCUCAAAUAAUAAAGUAAUUGAGAAAUGAGGGGAGAAUACUAAACGGAUGUGUUCUUGCAAUAUUUUAAAUAUUAUAUUUGAGAAAAUAAACAUCUGAGUCAUUCA